AACUAGCGCUCGAAAUCAACUGUGCUAUGGCGGUAAGCCUCACGAUCAACGGUCAAGCAUAUUGCGCUAACCCAGGUGCGAUCCCGAUCGACACCACUCUGAACUCAUUUAUUCGAAACCAUGCGCACCUGUCCGGGACUAAAUUUAUGUGUCUCGUGGGGAGUUGUGGUGCUUGCACGGUCCAUGUGGCAGGAGUUCAUCCCAUCAGCAGGGAACCGACGUCAUUCGCUGUGAAUUCGUGCUUGAUGCCAGUUUACGCCUGCCAUGGGAUGGAUAUUACGACUAUCGAGGGGAUUGGAUCUAAAGUUGAUGGAUACCACCCUAUUCAGCGACGGUUGGCACGCUUCAAUGGAUCUCAGUGCGGUGGCUGUUCCCCUGGGAUGGUAAUGAAUAUGUACGGGCUGAUGAGGUCUUCGAAAGGACAGCUGACGAUGGACGAAAUAGAAAAAUCUUUCGCAGGAAAUGUUUGCCGGUGUACCGGGUAUCGGCCAAUAAUGGAUGCAAUGAAAUCAUUCGCAUCCGAUGCGUGCAGUGCUUUGCUUGAGAAGUGUGGAGACAUAGAAGAUUUGGGAGACUUGUGCAAUCAAAUCGAUUCAAGUGGGCAUAGAUGCGCUGAAGUUCUGACGAGAAACCCAAUUCAUUUAUUUUUCGACAAUGGUAGAGAGUGGCAUAAAGUCUUCACAUUGGCUGAAGUUUUUGAAAUACUAAAAGCUAUUGGAUUCAAAUCCUACUGCUUUGUAGCUGGCAGCACAGGACAAGGCGUUUAUUUAGAUAGAGAUAAAAUCAAAGUGUUCAUAGAUAUUAACUCGGUUGAAGAAUUACAUUCUCAUUGGAUAGGAAAAGACCUUAUAGUAGGAGCGAAUGUAUCGUUGACUGAAUUCAUUAAUAUAUUAAAUGAAGCAGCCAAAAGUCAGGCUCAUUAUAAAUAUUGUGAGCAGUUGAGCAAUCACGUGUCCAUGAUGGGAAACGUGACGGUGAGAAACGUAGGAUCGAUUGCUGGUAAUUUGUGUUUGAACAACAAGCACAAAACAUUUAAUUCAGAUUUACACGUAAUUUUGGAAGCUGUAGGUGCUCGAGUAACAAUAUCGGAUUGUGAUGGCCAACUUGAUACGAUUACUCUGGAAAAGUUGUCGCGCACCAACAUGGACAAAAAACUAAUCCUAAACAUCUCAUUUCCACCGAUGCAUGCAGAUAAUUAUGCUUUCCGUUCUUAUCGCGUUGGGUCACGAUCGCAGGGUGGGCGCGUUGCCGUCAAUGGAGCCUUCCUCGUACGCUGGUGUGCCAGACAGCGAAACAUUAAGUCUGCAGUUGUUUGUUUUGGUGGUAUCAAUCCAACCUUUACUCACGCAAUCGAGACUGAGAAAGCACUUUGCGGUAAGAAUCCAUUUCACAGUGACGUACUUCAGGAGGUCCUACAUGUUUUAGACUUGGAAUUGAAACCAGCAUGGGAUCUUUUUCUGACUAAUCCUGACUAUCAAAAACAGGCUGCAAUUGGAAUCUUCUACAAAUUUUGGCUCGAUAUUGCUCCCAGGAACCUCAUUGAUUCGAAAUUUAAAUCAGGAUCAACUGUGUUAGAAAGACCACUAUCAAGUGGUUCACAGAGUUAUAAAACAUUCCCCCAAAACUGGCCACUCACCAAGAACAUAUCAAAACUUGAGGCGCAGUUACAAACCUCUGGUGAGGCAUCUUACAUUAAUGAUAUGCCCUCAAUGGCUCAUGAACUGUUUGCUGCUUUCGUCAUUGCCACUAAACCUCGCACUACAAUUCAACAGAUCGAUGUGUCAGAUGCCAUUGGGACUCCUGGUGUAGUUGAAUUUCUGUCUGCUAGAAACAUUCCAGGCAGUAACAAUUUUAUGCCAUAUGCGAACAGCUCUAAACACUACUUUCCAUAUGGACAAGAAACGGAAGAGAUAUUCUGCACUGGCAAAGUGCUAUUUCACGGCCAACCAGUUGGUUUAAUCUUGGCUGAGUCCUACGAGUUAGCGAAUCGUGCUGCCAAACAAGUUCAUAUUGAAUACUCCGAACCGGAUGGUCGCGUUCUUCCAACUUUGAAGCAUGUACUUCAAUCAAAUGCCACAGAUCGUAUCAGAUCAGCGGGCGAACCUCGAACAGGUCCCGGCUACGAAUCAACCAGCGGGGGCUACUACAGAAUAUCUGGCCAGCUCUCACUCGAAGGACAGUACCACUAUACACUCGAAACUCAAACGUGUAUCUGCGUACCGAAAGAAGAUGGAAUGGACGUGUACAGUUCAACGCAAGAUACGGACCACGUACAAGUCACCAUCGCCGGAGUCCUGAAAUUACCACAAAGCAAGAUUAACGUGAUCUGUCGGCGAGUGGGAGGUUCUUUCGGUUCAAAAAUUACUCGAAGUUCGCAGGUUGCUGGAGCCUGUGCUUUGGCUGCACACGUAACUCAACGCCCAGUCCGAUUCACACUUUCCCUGGAAUCUAACAUGAGUUCCUUUGGUAAACGCAAAGGCAGUGUAAAUAACUACGAAGUGUCAGUACGAGGUGAUGGGAGAAUAGCAAAACUUACCAAUAGUUUUAUUUAUGACUGCGGAGCUCACAUUAGUGAACCCAUUGUACCAUUAUAUACUGCGUAUUUCACUAAUGGUUACGAUAAUACCGCAUGGAAACUUAUUCCGAACAAAGUACGUACAGAUACUCCCACUAAUAUUUGGUGCCGAUCCCCAGGAUCGGUCGAAGCAGUGGCCACAAUCGAAACAAUCAUGGAACACAUUGCGUUUAAAAGAAGACUUGAUCCACUUGACGUUCGUAUGGUAAACUUCGCCAAGAAUAGUAAACUGCGUGAAUUGUUACCACAAUUCAGAAAAGAUGUUGAAUUUGAUGAUCGCAAGAAAGAAAUCGAAACAUAUAACGACUCCAACCGCUGGAAGAAGCGAGGCAUUUCCCUAGUUCCUUUGGCGUAUCCAAUGCAAUUUAUGGGUGGAAUGAAGGCUUGGAUUGCCAUUCAUCAUCUAGAUGGUUCGGUUUCUAUUUCCCAUGGUGGCAUAGAAAUGGGCCAAGGAUUGAAUACUAAGAUUGCCCAGAUUGCUGCUCACAUCUUAGGGGUUCCUUUAGAGAAAAUAAAGAUCAAGCCCCACAACACUUCAAUUACACCAAACAGCUUCAUAACUGGUGGUAGUCUGUCCAGUGAUCAAGUGGGUUACGCGGUGUUGAACGCUUGUCAGAUCUUAGUCGACAGAAUAAGACCCAUAAGAAAUGCUAAUCCCACUGCUUCAUGGGAAGAUCUGGUGAGCACUUGCUUCACGUUGAACGUGAAUCUGACCGCCUCUUAUUGGUCUACUGGAAAAGAAACGAAAAAGUAUACAAUCUGGGCCUUGGGUUGUAGUGAAAUCGAGUUGGACGUUUUAACGGGUAACACCAGAGUAGUUCGGGUGGACAUCCUUGAAGAUACCGGUGAAAGUUUAAGCCCGGGAAUGGAUAUAGGACAAAUCGAAGGUGCGUUUGUCAUGGGACUGGGAUACUAUCUCAAUGAAUCCCUGCGAUAUGAUUCAGAAACCGGAGCCCUGUUGAACAAAAGUGCGCUGACAUACAAUCCACCCGGACCGAAGGACAUCCCCACAGAUUUCCGGAUAAAAUUGUAUCAAAAUAGUUCGGAAAACUCAACGGGAGUGCUGCGUUCGAAAGCCACGGGAGAACCGGCCUUUUCACUUGCUAUAUCGGUUAUAUUUGCAUUGCGACAGGCGAUUAUGUCGGCACGUAAGCACGCCAACCUACCAGCGGAAUGGAUACCACUGGGGCAACCAGCUACGCCGGAUAACAUCUUACAUUUAGCUGGAAAUUCGAUUGAUCAAUAUGUUUUCUCUGAAUGUCAAUCUUGAUUGGAAUAAAAUAAAUAAAUGUAUAGGGUAUGUGGCUCAAACCUUAUCCUAAA